GGGCCGGCGCCCGGCGUCUCCGAACUUCAGCGUGCACUGAGUGUGCGGUGUUUGCUGAACGCAGGAGCUGCGAAGGGCGGGAGCAGUGGCCACGAUGUGCGGAAUCUUUGCCUACAUGAACUACAGAGUCCCCCGGACCCGGAAGGAGAUUUUUGAAACCCUCAUCAAAGGCCUGCAGCGGCUGGAGUACAGAGGCUAUGACUCGGCAGGUGUGGCGAUCGAUGGAAACAACAGUGAAGUCAAAGAGAGACACAUCCAGCUGGUCAAGAAAAAGGGGAACGUGAAGGCUCUCGACGAGGAGCUUUACAAGCAAGACAGCAUGGACUUAGAAGUGGAGUUUGAGACCCACUUUGGCAUUGCGCACACACGCUGGGCCACCCACGGGGUUCCCAGUGCGGUCAACAGCCACCCGCAGCGAUCAGACAAAGGCAACGAAUUCGUGGUCAUCCACAAUGGGAUCAUCACAAAUUACAAAGACCUGAGGAAAUUUCUGGAAAGCAAAGGCUACGAGUUUGAGUCAGAAACAGACACAGAGACCAUCGCCAAGCUGAUCAAAUAUGUGUUCGACAACAGAGAGAUGGAGGACAUCACGUUUUCAACACUGGUCGAGAGGGUCAUUCAACAGCUGGAAGGAGCAUUCGCACUGGUUUUCAAGAGUAUCCAUUACCCAGGAGAGGCUGUCGCCACGAGGAGAGGCAGCCCCCUGCUCAUCGGCGUGCGGAGCAAAUACAAGCUCUCCACAGAACAGAUCCCCAUCCUGUACAGGACCCGCAACAUUGAGAACGUGAAGAACAUGUGUAAAUCGAGGGUGCAGAGGCUGGACAGCUCGACCUGCCUUCACGCCGUGGGCAAUAAAGCCGUGGAAUUCUUCUUUGCUUCCGACGCCAGUGCCAUCAUAGAACACACCAACCGGGUCAUCUUUCUCGAGGAUGACGACAUUGCCGCAGUGGCUGAUGGGAAACUCUCCAUUCACCGGGUCAAGCGUUCGGCCAGUGAUGACCCGUCUCGAGCCAUCCAGACCUUGCAGAUGGAGUUGCAGCAGAUCAUGAAAGGUAACUUCAGUGCGUUUAUGCAGAAGGAGAUCUUCGAGCAGCCAGAAUCCGUUUUCAAUACGAUGAGAGGUCGGGUCAACUUUGAGACCGGCACAGUGCUCCUGGGCGGCCUGAAGGCCCACUUGAAGGAGAUUCGACGGUGCCGACGGCUCAUCGUGAUUGGCUGCGGAACCAGCUACCAUGCCGCAGUGGCCACGCGGCAAGUUUUGGAGGAGCUGACCGAGCUCCCUGUGAUGGUUGAACUUGCCAGCGAUUUUCUGGACAGGAACACGCCCGUGUUCAGGGAUGACGUUUGCUUCUUCAUAAGCCAGUCAGGUGAGACUGCAGACACCCUCCUGGCACUGCGCUACUGUAAGGACCGCGGGGCCCUGACCGUGGGCGUCACCAACACUGUGGGCAGUUCCAUCUCCCGGGAGACCGACUGCGGCGUCCACAUCAAUGCAGGCCCAGAGGUCGGCGUGGCCAGCACCAAGGCUUACACCAGUCAGUUCAUCUCCCUGGUGAUGUUUGGCCUGAUGAUGUCCGAAGACCGCAUCUCGCUGCAGGGCAGACGGCGCGAGAUCAUCCGCGGCCUGCAGGCGCUGCCAGAGCUGAUCAAGGAAGUGCUGUCACUGGACCAGAAGAUCCACGACCUGGCCCUGGAGCUCUACACGCAGAGGUCGCUCCUGGUCAUGGGGCGGGGCUACAACUACGCCACGUGCCUGGAAGGCGCCCUGAAAAUUAAAGAGAUAACCUACAUGCACUCGGAAGGCAUCCUGGCUGGGGAGCUGAAGCACGGGCCCCUGGCGCUGAUCGACAAGCAGAUGCCCAUCAUCAUGGUCAUCAUGAAGGACCCCUGCUUCGCCAAAUGCCAGACCGCCCUGCAGCAGAUCACGGCCCGCCAGGGCCGCCCGAUCAUCCUGUGCUCGCAGGACGACACCGAGAGCGCCAAGUUCGCCUGCCGCGCCAUCGCGCUGCCGCGCACCGUGGACUGCCUGCAGGGCGUCCUCAGCGUCAUCCCCCUGCAGCUCCUCUCCUUCCACCUCGCCGUUCUCCGCGGCUACGAUGUUGACUUCCCCAGGAAUCUGGCCAAGUCUGUAACCGUGGAAUGAGAAGGACAUGAGGAGACCAUCACCAUGUGUAAUGGGGCUCAAGACCCAGUCCAGUGAUAGCAUUCUCAUCUCCUAGAUCCCAGCAGAGCUUGACAGCUUCCAGUGCCUUGUACCCCAGUGCUUUGCUUACGGCAGAUACGGUUUCUCUGUGUCCUGACGUCACCAGAGGAGAAGGGACUCCUUGUUACAUGUGGGGAUCAGAGAGGACUCUUCCACUACCGUGCAAUAUACAGCUCAUCCGAGUAACUGUGAACCUUUUUUAACCAAUGCUAGUUAGUUUUAAAAGACAAAAUAUUUAUAAUAACAGUUGUAUAGCUUUUAAGUUAUUUUUCUAGUGUGUGGCUUUCUGUAGCCAGGGUCAUGCCCAGAUUGUGCCCCUCGCUACCCAGGCACCCAGUCUCCUGGCGGGGGCGUUCAGAUCUCAGAUUUGAGCACAAGGUACUUCCUCUCAACUCCUUUCUCCUUCCUCUUCCUCUCUCCACCGCCCCUGAUCCCAGUCCCCUGAUGUCAGGGAAGCUUCUCCCCCGUCUUCCUUUGCCUCCUAGGAGUCCUGUCAAAAUCUCGGCUUCCUCCAACAGCUCCGUACCUCCUGUCUGCAUCCCCCUCGCCCUCCAUGGAACCCUGUUGCCUCCGAUCAUGGCUCUUUUCAGGCCCAGGCAGCAUUUCGGUCCCUGCUCCCGCCCACAGCAGAACGCUUGAGACUUCCCACGCAAGAGAGUAGUUUCAAGUGGGUUCUUCCAUCCUCUGUUUAAAAAUGUGCACAAAGAACUAUGCAAUUGUAACACAAUAAAGAC